UAACACUUGGUGUUUAGUCUUCAAUCUGUGUGAACUGUGAAAAACACAUCGGCUGGAAAUUUAUAGGUUAGACAUUAAGUAAAACUCACAUCACCACGUGAGUUUCUUAUAAAUAGUAAUAAUUUAAAUAAUUAAAUAAAAAAAGCCAAGAUGUCGAUGUAUAACUUCAAAAAAAUCACCGUAGUUCCUACGGCAAAGGACUUUAUUGAUAUAAUUUUAUCCCGAACGCAAAGAAAAACACCGACAGUAAUUCACAAAAAUUACAAAAUUUCCCGGAUCCGGGCAUUUUACACCCGUAAGGUUAAAUUCUCCCAGCAGAGUUUCCACGACCGUCUGUCUAAGAUUAUCCAGGAGUUCCCGAAGCUCGAUGAUGUCCACCCUUUCUACGCGGACUUGAUGAACGUCUUGUACGACAAGGAUCAUUACAAAUUAGCUCUGGGACAAACAAAUACUGCAAGACAUCUAAUUGAUAAUGUUGCCAAGGAUUACGUUCGUCUUCUCAAAUACGGAGACUCUCUCUACAGAUGUAAACAGCUCAAAAAAGCAGCCUUGGGUCGUAUGGCCACCAUUAUGAAGCGACAAGCUGCUAACUUGACUUAUUUGGAGCAAGUUCGUCAGCAUUUAGCUCGUUUACCUAGCAUUGAUCCUUACACAAGGACUAUUAUUAUCUGUGGGUUUCCUAAUGUGGGAAAAAGUAGUUUUAUUAACAAGAUUACUCGUGCAGAAGUUGAAGUCCAACCGUACGCUUUUACAACAAAAUCAUUAUAUGUAGGUCACACAGACUACAAAUACCUACGCUGGCAAGUAAUUGACACUCCUGGAAUCCUAGAUCACGCAUUGGAGGAUCGUAACGUUAUUGAAAUGCAAGCAGUAACAGCUUUGGCGCACUUACGAGCUGCAGUUCUCUACGUCUGCGAUUUAUCUGAGCAAUGCGGUCAUUCUCUAGAGGAGCAACUGAAGCUAUUCGAAUCGAUCAAGCCGCUUUUCGCCAACAAGCCCCUGAUGGUCGUUGCGAACAAGAUCGACGUGGUCGGCCUGGACGAGCUGUCCGAUGACAAGCGUGAAGUCGUCAAGAAAUUCGAGGAAUAUGAUAUUCCCGUCUUGGCGAUGAGUACAGUCACUGAGGAGGGAGUGAUGGAGGUUAAACACGAGGCUUGUGAACGAUUGUUAUCCUUCCGGGUUGACCAGAAGGUCAAGACCAAGAAAGUGGAAGGUCUGCUGAACCGUCUGCAUGUUGCAGUUCCUGCUCCAAGAGACAACAAAGUACGUCCUCCUUGCAUUCCUGCUAGUGUUUUGCAGAAGAAAGCAGCGGCUGCUGAAAAAGCCGAACGUAAACGCAAGUUGGAGCGCGAUAUUGAAGAAGAAAUGGGAGAUGAUUAUAUUCUUGAUUUGAAGAAGAAUUAUGAUAUUGAAGGCGAUCAGAAGUAUGAUAUUAUUCCUGAAAUUUGGGAAGGUCACAAUGUUGCUGAUUACAUCGAUCCAGAAAUAUUUGAUAAACUAAAUGAAUUAGAAAGAGCCGAAGAAUUAAGAAUCGCUUCAGGAAUUUACGACUACAAAGUACCAGAAUUAACAGAAACAAUGAAAGACAUUCGUGCGAUGGCCCAACAAAUCCGUGAAAAGAUAGCAAUAGAUAAGCAAGAAUCGCUUGUCAACAAACAAUCCACAAAACCAGUAAUGCCACGAACUUCAGUAGCUCGCGGUCGCGACAGAAGUGUUCGUAAAUUGCGCGACCAGAUGGAAGGUCUCGGUGUUGAUAUGGAAGACACCGGAGAUGCUCACUUCACCAAGACUCGAGGAAGAUCCCGCUCGUUAUCUGGACCAGCUCGUAAGAAGCAACGUGUCGAGUCCGUGGUCUCGACUUCUCGUGCUCGCAGCAGCUCAAGACCUGCCAGAGAUGAGAUGGGUGUCAAGGAUGUUGUGAUGAAAUCUAAGCUGAAAAACAUCGCUCACAAAGCUAUUAGGAAGAAGGUCGCGAAGAAAGGUCUUAAAGGUGAAGCCGAUCGUUUCAUCGGUACGAAAAUGCCUAAGCAUUUGUUUUCAGGCAAACGAGGUGUCGGAAAAACUGACAGAAGAUAAAAAUUUAUUUUAUUAUUUUUUUUAUUCUUCUUG